UUAUAGGGGGAAAGUAAAAAUGACAUUUUAGAGGGGACUCCAUGGAAUGUACUAUACUGGAAGAUUCACCUAAAAAUAGCAUUUCAUUUACUUUAAAAGCCAUAGAUUAAAUUGAUAGCCAUGCAUACUCAUAAUAUAGAGAAAAGAAGAAUACAGCGACCAUCAAACAGAGAAAUAAUUUAACUCUAUCUACUGAGAAACAUGUUUACACUAUCAGUAACAAUCUCCUCUCUACUCUUGCUAACGCUCGGCUCCCAGCUGGCAGAGAGUUGUCCGUGUCACACAAGAAGAGCGACAGUGAUGUCAGUCAACCCGACCAAUGCAUCAGUAGCCAUCAUUGAUGUGAUUAGCGGGAUUGAAGCUACAAAUAGACUUGUGGGAAGUACCAUUGUCCAGAAGAUACCACAAAUAGUUUACGAUGUGGACAAUCUGACUCGUCCAGCACAAGAAGUAAUGUCCAGCUUAGCAACACUGCAACAAUAUGUCACCAUGAUCACAACUCUUCAAAACAGCGGACUAAACAGCACAGAGCUGGAGCUGUACAAAUUGCUACUGCAUGCCAUACUAAAGGACUCCUGUGAAUGGCUUAACUCAUACGAAGGAGUUUCCAUCGACUGCACUGAGGACCUUGAACACUUUAUCCCGGUUCUCCUCUCUCUCGGCCUCCGAAACGAACUGAAGAAAAUCGAGUGCUACUUGAAAGGGUUCCCUGUGGCAGCUGAUAUCAAGUCCACACCCGACAUAUGGGUGGAUAGGGAGAUUGAGCCUCAGGGCAUCAGGUGUGGGUUCUGCAAUAGGAAGAUGGUUAAUCUACAUUGUCCAAGCUGUCAAGCUGACAAAUAAUUCGGAGUCAACAGUGUGAUGGAAUAAUCUAACCAAUAAUCAAAGCUGUAUAUAUGUAGAGUUAAGAUCUAUAGCUAGAAAUAUAAAUCACAGGUAUCUAACGUAGCUUGUUUAUUUAUACGUAGUUAUAGAUUGCAAACUUAUUAUCCAGGCAUAGCAAUAACCUCUUUUUUUUAUACCAUUCUCUCACUUAUAAUUUUAUGUACAUGAUCAUGAUCGCUUACACAGUCAGUGCAAUAAUAA